AUGACCUCCAAGCUGAAACAAAAAGCGUUUGUUACAGGAAAUGCCAAUAAACUCAAGGAAGUAAAGGCCAUUCUUUCAAAGGGAUCCCAUCCCAUCGAAAUCAACUCCCAGGAACUAGACAUUCCUGAACUCCAAGGUACAACACAAGAGGUAGCGAUCGCGAAAUGUAGACACGCCGCCGAGCUACUUGGGGGCCCAUGUAUAACGGAGGACACUGCAUUGUGUUUCGUGGCGCUGAAAGGACUACCUGGACCGUACAUCAAACAUUUCCUUACCGCGCUCGGACAAGAUGGUCUAAACAAGAUGCUUGAUGGCUUCCCGACGAGAGAAGCCUGGGCUCUUUGUACGUUCGCGUAUUCUGCCGGACCAGAAACUGAGCCCAUACUCUUCGAAGGCCGUACUGAUGGAACGAUCGUACCUGCCCGUGGUCCUGGCCAUUUUGGGUGGGACUCAUGCUUCGAACCGCUUGGAACUGGGUUGACAUACGCUGAAAUGCCAACCGACCAGAAGAAUUCGAUUUCGCACCGAUACAAGGCCCUCGAAAAGCUUAGGGAGUAUUUACAGUCUCUGGCGACAUAA